GCUCAACGACCAUCCCUCGACGGGUAGACGAACGCGCAUACAUCUAGCUUACACAAGGCGUUACCUUCCAACUCUUUCAUACACACUUGAUCUGGGCGCAUAUACAUUGGUUUAACAACUGUCGACCAGCCACAACAUCCAGAGCGAUUGGACAUCUUGACGCCGUUCGAGUCACCACCCAGCAUGCACUUCAACGUCGCACGAGGGGAUACUCUCCGUCCUUGGCUCGUCUCAACACUCGAGCCAAUAUGUGAUGCAGACCCCGUAGUUCUUGCGGAUUACGUCAUUGCUCUGCUACGACACGAUGGGGAGGAGCAACAACUGCGAGAAUUGUUCGCGUCACAGCUCGAGGACUUCUUAGAUCAAGAAGCGCCUGCGUUUGUCGACAAGUUGUUUAAAGAGAUGAGUACGAGGGGCAUGGUCGUUCGACAAAAUACGGCACCGUCGAUCCCCGCGUCCGCACCUUCACAACCAGUCGCAGGACCCAGCAAUCCAGCCCUUCCACAGAGCCUUCCUACUCCGCCGGAUGACGGCAUCCCCAUACCCCUCGACAUGUUCUCCGGUCCUGCCAGCGAUAACAAUCAGAUUGGACAGAAACGUGGACGCGAUUCAGACGAUAUGGAUAUUGACCGUGGCCCGCCGAAGGGUCCCCGACUUGAAAACGGUCUUCAAGGGAUACAACGGUAUGAGAGCAGGAACCAGAACGGACCUGGAUCGUUUGUCCCGACCCAGCCAGGAAAUUGGAGAGGUCAAGGACCGAGGGGUAGGGGCCGGGGUGGUAGGGGUGGAAGAGGUGGCGGUCCACCGUCAGGGCCGUCAGGAAGGGAUCGCAGGGAGCCAUGUCGUGAUUUCCAUGAUAGAGGCUAUUGCGCUCGUGGAAUGAUGUGCCCAUUCUCGCAUGGGGACAACAUGCCCAUGGUCCCGCCUAUGAUGCCUUUCUUUAUGCCGGGCAUGAUGCCCCCAAUGCCCGGGCUGCCGAUGCCGAUGCCGAUGCCUGGUCCCAACGGACAGAUGCAAUUCCCGAUCAUGCCAAAUAUGUUCAGUGUCGCCAAUCCGCCAGACGUCGCUCAGCGGCAGGACGGCGAGUACGACCCUAGCCAGGCACAGAUGCCUGUUUCCCCCGGGGGAAUGGGGAUCAUGGGUGGUACAUCAAUGACGGGGAGCAGUGAAGAUCAGGAUAUGGAGAGUGCAGACGGUGCAGGCAGAGGACGCGGACGUGGCGGAUUCCGAGGACGUGGGCUUGGACGGAUUAGGGUCGGUCAUGAGGGCGGGCGUGGGUUUAGGCUUAGCCCAGAUGACAAAACCCUUCUCAUCGAGAAGAUCCCUUCCGAGCACCUCUCACUCACUGCCAUCAACGAGCAACUCAAGAAGCAUGGCACGAUCACCAACAUUGCUAUCGACGCACGUGGUGCGAAGGCGAUAGUUAGCUUUGCGACACAUGACGAAGCUCAACGUGCGCAUAGAGAUCCGGAGCCAGUAUUUGGCAGUAGAUUUGUCAAAUUGCUAUGGCAUCGGCCACUCGAAGGAAGGGGCGCGUUAGGUCAAGAGAUGCUGGAGAAGAGCAAAGUGCUGAUGGACAACAUUAACCAACCAAAGCCACCGGCCCCGACACGAGCCCCUAUAAUGGCGAAGCCAAAACCCGCCCAGUCAGCACAAGACGCACAUGCUGCUGCCCUUACUGUCAGGAGUCAGCUUCUCGAUAAACAUAUUGCUGAGCAGAAGAAUCUCAUGUCUUCGCUUGAAAAGGCAACUACCCCUGCCGAGAAGAAGAAGAUCAUGCUCCUGCUCAAGCAAAAUGACCAGAAGAUGAAGGAGAUCAAGGAUGCCCCCUUACCCGCCGCUGCGCCUGCUCCUGUGGCUGUGAGCGCGACUGGUGCGUCAAGGGAUGCCCAGCUUAAGGAGCGCUUGGACAGAGAGCUGGAUUUGCAAAGUGCGAUGGAAGAUGUGAAAGAAAAUGGGGAGGGCAACCCAGAGCUGCUUGCCCAGUUAGCGCAGCUGCGCGAGGAGGCACGGAAUGCCGGUGUUCCAUUGGAUGCCAAUGGUCAGCCAAUUGACCAGCCCGCGCCGACAUAUACGCCAGGCUAUUCGCGCCCUUACGUCAGGGGACGUGGGCGCGGAAGAGGGCGUGGUGGCUGGCGAGGCGGUCCUCCCGUUUACCAUCAGUCCAUGAAGCUUGACUUGCGCCCUAAGAAGCUGGUCAUCAAAGGGGUCGCUGCUGGUAACGAGGAUGCCUUGUCCGCAGUAAGGAACUUCUAUGUUGCAUCAGGAGGCAUGGAGUCUCUCGAACCCCAACCGGACGGGACGAUCCACGUCAGCUUCUUCAGCCGUGCAGCUGCAGAAUCUGCCAUGUCAAAAGGCAGUUCAAUCCCCUCUGCUGGCAGUGUCAGCGUCGCGUGGCAGGCAAGCAGCGCUCCGCCGACGUCGUCUCAACGGGCAUCUUCCACCGGGGGUUCAGAGGCAAAUCUGCCCCAGGGCACGCAAGAGAGCCAGGAGAUGGAGCAGCAUCUGGCUGGAACACAAGAAAGUGAGCCGGCAGGAGACGACGAUCCCUGGGCGACAAGUCACGAGAUUGUUGUGGAUGAGUAGACGAAAGGGAUCAGUUGCACACAUCGAAGAAUAGAGCGUCUCUUGACAUGAUAGUUAGUCUGAUACAGACAUUGUAUAUUGCUACUAUGUGUAUCUUGAUUGGGGCACUAUUUGUGCGUUGUAUUGUCAUCUCAAAUCAUAGAGCACAAGAGAGAAAACAUCUUGUUCUUGC